CGCCAUGGCGGGCUGCUGCGCGGUGCUGGGGGCCUUCCUGUUCGAGUACGACACGCCGCGCAUCGUGCUCAUCCGCAGCCGUAAAGUGGGGCUCAUGAACCGCACGGUGCAGCUGCUCAUCCUGGCCUACGUCAUCGGGAGGAUCAGUUCACACCUACUUUGGGGUAUCUGAAAGUUCUAGACUACAUCAGCACUUGUACUGUAUGGUAGCCAGAAGUCCCAUGAGGCUGCUGAACAUUUGAAGUAUUCCUGCUCCAAAUCGAAAUGUGCUGUCACUGUAAAAUGCACACCAGAUUUCAAGGACAUGGUGGGUGUUUGUGUGGGAAAAGGGUUACCAGGAAACAGACUCUGUGGUCAGCUCAGUUACUGCGAAAGCCAAGGGCGUCACCAUGACCAACACCUCUAAACUUGGACUCCGGAUCUGGGAUGUAGCUGAUUACGUGAUUCCAGCUCAGGAGGAAAACUCUGUCUUCAUCAUGACCAAUAUGAUCAUCACCAUGAACCAGACGCAAGGCCUCUGUCCUGAGAUCCCGGAUAAGACCACUGUGUGUGAAACUGAUGCCAACUGCACUGCCGGCUCUGCAGGCACUCACAGCAGCGGAGUCGCAACAGGGAGGUGCGUGUCAUUCAAUGGGACCUUGAAGACAUGCGAGGUGGCAGCCUGGUGCCCGGUGGAGAACGACACAGAAUUGCCAAAGCCUGCUUUUUUAAAGGCUGCAGAAAACUUCACUCUUUUGAUUAAGAACAACAUCUGGUAUCCCAAAUUUAACUUCAGCAAGAGGAAUAUCCUUCCCAACAUCACCACUGCCUACCUCAAAACGUGCAUUUAUGAUGCGAAAACAGAUCCCUUCUGCCCCAUAUUCCGACUUGGCACAAUCGUGGAGAGCGCAGGGCACAGCUUCCAGGACAUGGCCAUUGAGGGAGGCAUCAUGGGCAUCCAGAUCAAGUGGGACUGCAACCUGGACAGGGCCGCCUCCCUCUGCCUGCCCAGGUAUUCCUUCCGCCGCCUGGACACCCGGGACGUGGACCACAACGUAUCCCCAGGCUACAACUUCAGGUUUGCCAAGUACUACAGCGACCCGAACGGUGCCGAGCGCCGCACGCUCAUCAAAGCCUAUGGCAUCCGCUUUGACAUCAUCGUGUUUGGAAAGGCUGGGAAAUUUGACAUCAUCCCCACCAUGAUCAACAUUGGUUCUGGCUUGGCGCUCUUAGGGGUGGCGACAGUGCUGUGUGACGUCAUAGUCCUCUACUGCAUGAAGAAGAGAUAUUACUACCGCGAGAAGAAAUAUAAAUAUGUGGAAGAUUAUGAGCAGGGUCUUGGCAAUCAGAUGGACCAGUGAUGCCCACCCCUCACCUGGGCUCUCCACGGCCCUCAUCAGAGCACAGCGAGGAAGGAGGAAAGGCUGCCAUGUCACCCCAGAGAAAGUUCCAGAUUCUGAGUCAAGUCUCCACAAGUACUGCAGGGUUGUCCAGAUGCCCCCAUGUUCUCUGUGUAGGGUUUGUGUAGUAAACCACUCUGCACAGUGGCAGCUGGGUCACCUCUGCUGCUUCUUCAAUUUAGCAUCACUGGGGUGAGCUCUGGCCCAAGGCCAGUGACGCGACUAUGGCUGCAGGACUGGGGGCCGGCUUUCCUCAGAAUCUUCCAUCUCCAGCCCCCUGGGAGACCAGGCUGGUCCUCCAAGGCCCAGCAGCUCCAUUCAAGCACUUUAUGAGGAAGGCAGGACACCUGGGUAUGGUCGUAGCUCUUUAACACUCUGGGCCGCUGUUCCUCUUCCCCCAACCGAGGCUUCAACCCCACACUUGUGAGGCUGAGCCCGUGUUUUUCCUUUGUGAAGAGCUACACUGAAAUGACUGAGGACCAAACAUUAAAACAAAUGACUUUCUUAA